AUGACGCCGGGUUCCUUCGUGGUGCCAGCCUUGACGACUUCAGCCAUGUAUCCACAGGCCACUCAGGGACUGCCUGGGGCACUCCCUGGUGCUGUCCCUGCGCCUCGCUAUUCCUACAACGCCCCCGGCGCCAUGGUGGGCGCCCAAAAAAAGAUUCCGGGCUGGGACGCCAAUGGUGGCCAAGAAAUCACAGAUAUCACAGGUGGUGAUAUUCACCUGGCCGCCAAAGCGGGCGACAUCAACGCGGUGCGCCAGAUCCAGCGAGCCAAGCCACAUAGCGUUCACAUGGCGGACGAAACAGGACAAAUGCCACUGCAUCAUGCAGUGGCUCAAGGCCAUUUGCACAUGAUCAACGAGCUGCUCAGUUGUGGUGCAGAUAUCGAAGCCACCAACCACGAUGGUAGGGAAUCCCAGUCAUUUCGUUGA